AACGAAUACAAUCUCAUUACUCACCCCAAUUCUCCAUAAUUAUACUUAUCCCUGAAAGGCAGCGUAGAGCUGAGCCUCAAUUGACGAACAGAUACCAUGUUCAGCUUAAGCACACGCCGCUCCGUUGCGAGUCAUUCCAAGUAUCUCUGUGCUGCAACGACCGGCGCAAACGUUCGAUCCCCGGCAGUGAAUUCAUUAUAUUAUGCCUCAACUAGAGAGUUUCAAUCCACUCCAUCACAAGCCGCGUUUCGGCCCACCUGGAUGCCCAUGCGCGUGAAAACGCCAUGGAUUGAGGCUUUGAAUAAGAGUCGGGAGCAGCCCCAGUCGGGGCAGGAGGAGGCUCCUCGAGCCAAGCCGGAUUUGACGCCAAAGAGGAUGGCUGAUAGCUAUUACAGUGCUAUUCUACCGCUGGCUCAGGAUAAGUGGCUCCUGGACACGUACCUGAAUGCUUCGGGACAUAUCAGACUGGGUUCGUUGCUAAUGGACCUUGAUGCGCUUGCGGGUGUUAUAGCCUACCGACAUACCGGUGACUCCGUGACGACUGUAACUGCGGCCGUGGAUAGAAUCACCAUUGAGCAUCCACUGAUGGAAAUCUGCGACCUCGAGCUGAGCGGCCAGGUUACGUAUGCAACCGGAAGAUCCAGUAUGGAGGUCUCGCUCCAGGUUGCCAAGGUCCCUGCGCCUGGGGAGAAGCCAAACCCGGAGGAUGUCCUAAUUACUUGCGCGUUUACUAUGGUAUCGCUUGAUCCCGCGACUAAGAAACCCGUCAAUGUUGCACCUCUGUUGGUUGAAACCGAAGAAGAACGCGCAUUGUUCGAAAAGGGGGAAAAGAAUUAUCAAGCAAAGAAGGCAUUGAGGAAGCGGAGCCUUCUUGAGAAAGCACCUGACGCUGAGGAGAGCAACCUCAUUCACUCCCUAUGGACGAAAGAAAUGUCAUAUCUGAAAUCUCCUGAAAAACGACCCGCCAACACCAUCUCUAUGAGCGACGCAGUCCUCAAAUCCGCCAUGAUUAUGCAGCCGCAAGACCGCAACCGCCACAACUUCAUGAUCUUUGGCGGCUUCCUGCUCAAGCAAACCUUUGAGCUCGCCUUCUGCUGCGCAGCCUCAUUCUCGCACGCCCGUCCAAACUUCAUUUCUCUCGAUCCCAGUACUUUUGAGAACCCAGUUCCCGUCGGAAGUGUGCUCUACCUUCGCGCGACCGUCGCCUACACCGAGCCGCUGGAGCGCGAAUCUGGAACCAAGAGCAAGUACACCAAGAUCCAAGUACGUGUGGACACCAAAGUGCGGGACGUCGAGCAUGGCACGAAAAAGGCAACGGGUAUGUUCAACUAUACAUUUUUGGUUGAGGGGGAUGUGCAUGUUAUGCCCAAGAGCUACGGCGAGUACAUGGUUUGGACGGAUGCAAGACGGCGAGCAAGAAACACGGAUGAGUUGACGCCGAUCAGGGAGCGGAGUGCCCUAAGGAGUCUGGAUAGUGUGACCGAGUAA